GCCGCAGCGUAAUUGAGCAAACGGUCCCUAGCGCGUGCGUGGCAAUUUCGCCGUCUACCCUCCGCUACUCCCCGCAGCAUUUCGUCACUUCUGCCUUAGUUUCUGCUCACUCCUUCGCCACCCUCCUCGUCACUUUCAUACUCGGCUUCGUUGGGUAUGGUUGGGCGUGCGUCGGCGCUUGAAACGCAUUACCGCGACGGUGUUGGCAGCGUCAGCGCGACGUGGCUUUAAUAAGACCCCUUCAGGUUGUCAUUAGCGACUAUAAGUAGCACAAGGAGCAGUACAAUGGACGGCAGCGGUGAUGGACCGCCUCUAGGCAGAGCUAGGGGCCGCUCUCGCGGGCGACUGCAACACACGGCACCGCAGUCUCCUGCAACAAGCGUGUUCUCACGGCCUUCACCUACGCCGACGGUGCUAUCCCCGAUGUCGGCCAUGACUGACGUCAGCAGCCUCACGGCAUCCGUGGAUAGGAUGACCAUCACGGGAGCGGCGCAGGAUGUUGCGCACUUCACGGGCAUGCCUGGUCCACAGGCCCUGGUGGCCGCCUCCCAGGUGGGCCAUGGCACCCAGCGCAGCCGGCGCGACGAGUUGGCCAUUCUUGCCACGCGGCCCCAGCACUUGACCGACAAGUGCGGCAACACGGGUAACCCUGUCCAGCUGCUGGCCAACUACUUCCGGCUGGUGUCGCUGCCCCAGUGGUGCGUGCACCAGUACCACGUCGACUUCCUGCCACUGGUCGAGUCGAGCCGCGUGCGGCGCGCCCUGAUAAACGAUUUCCGCGAGCGAUUCGGCCGCUGCUUCGUGUUCGACGGCAUGUCGGACCUUAAGACGCCCACGCUGCUCAGGCCCGAUCCGCUGGAGCUGCAGGCCUAUCGGCCCUCUGACGGCGCGCCUAUCGUGAUCCGCAUCAAGUGGGCCCAGCAGCUGGCGCCCAACAACCCCGAGGUGCUGCGGCUGCUCAACACACAGAUGCGCCGGAACCUCGAGCACCUGGGCUUCGUGCAGAUAAACCGGCACUUCUUUGACAAGCGGGCAGUGUCGGCCAUCCCACAGCACGGGCUCGAGCUUUGGCAGGGACUGGUCACCGCGAUCGGGCAGCACGAGACUGGCGUCAUGAUGGUCACGGACACGGUGCACAAGGUGCUCCGACGAGACAGUGUGCUCGACCUGCUGUCUCACCUGUCACACUUGCCAGACUACAGGAACGAGGCUAUGAGGCGCGUGGCCGGCUGCAUCGUGAUGACCCCAUACAACAACAAGACGUACCGUGUCGACGACAUUGACUGGGACAAAUGUCCACUCAGCACAUUCGAGACCAAGGAGGGGACGAAGACGUACAUGGACUACUACCAGGAACAAUACGAGAAACGUAUUUCUGACGGGAGGCAGCCACUGCUGGUGUGCCGUCCCAAGGAAAAGGACCUGCGUGCUGGCAGGACCGACAACAUCUACCUCAUACCCGAGCUGUGCGUGCUCACCGGACUCACCGACGAGAUGCGGGCCAACGUGUCUGUGAUGCGUGACUUGGCCCAGCACACGCGUGUCGAGCCAUCAAAGCGCAUCCGCAACCUGCUCGAGUUCAUCGGCCGCAUCAACGGCGAUGAGGCGAUCCGCCGGGAGAUGGACGAGUGGGGCCUCAAGUUCGACGACACGCUGGUCACCGUUAAGGGCCGCGUGCUGCCAGUCGAGCGUGUGAGGCAGGGUGACCGCAGUCACGGCUACAACUCGCAGACGGCCGAUUUCUCGCGUGAGACGCGCGACCAGCGCCUGCACGUGGCGGUCAACAUCGAGUCGUGGCUGGUGGUGUGCCCCCGGCGAGUGGAGACCGACACCACCGAGUUUGUGCGCACCUUGCUUAGCGUGAGCCCGCCGAUGGGGCUGGGCUUGGGCCAGCCGCAGAUGCUGCAGCUGGACGACGACCGAGCGGGCAACUACGUGCGCGCCCUGCACGAGGUCGGGAGCGGCGGGAACCUCCAGCUGGCCAUCGUGGUGCUGCCCAACAACCGCAAGGACCGCUACGACAUGAUCAAGAAGCAGGCCUGCGUCGAUCUCGGACUCCACACCCAGGUGAUCCUGGCACGGACAAUCAGCAACCGCCGUAAUAUGCGCUCGGUGGCCACCAAGGUGGCCAUUCAGCUGAACUGCAAGCUCGGUGGCGAAGCGUGGUGCCUGGACAUCCCUCUGGUCAACACGAUGGUGGUUGGCUACGACACAUACCACGAUUCGAGCUCGCGCAGGCUCUCGGCCGGUGCCUUUGUGGCCAGCAUGAACCGCUUGCUGACACGCUGGUACUCUCGUGUUGCCUUCCACGCCACGCAUCAGGAGCUGGGCAGCUCUCUGGGCCUUCUGCUGCAGGACGCACUGCACAAGUACAUGCAGGUCAACUCUGGUUCGGCGCCAGACAGGAUCAUCUUCUUCAGGGACGGCGUCUCUGACGGCCAGAUACCACAGGUGCGAGAGUGGGAAAUCGAACAGAUUAUCAGCUCACUGGACGCCCUCUUCCCUGGCGUGGACCACAAGCUAGCCUUCGUGGUGGUCACCAAGCGCAUCACCACGCGCUUCUUCUCGCACCUGCCGAGCGGAGGUUACGGCAACCCUUUGCCCGGCACCGUAGUCGACACCGAGGUGACGCGCCCCGAGCGCUACGACUACUUCCUGGUGUCGCAGAGCGUCCGCCAGGGCACUGUGGCCCCGACCCACUACAACGUCAUCUAUGACACGACAGGCCUCAAACCGGACCACAUGCAGCGGCUGUCGUACAAGCUGACCCACCUGUACUUCAACUGGCCCGGCACCAUCCGAGUGCCGGCACCGUGCCAGUACGCACACAAGCUUGCCUUCCUAGCCGGCCAGUCAUUGCAUGCUGAGCACAGCCCUCGCCUGGCAUCCACCCUGUUCUACCUGUAACGGGCUCCGACCGCUCCCCGAGACGGGGUCGUGUCGAGAUGGAUGGACGGACUCACAGUGUGCAGCUUCAACCUUGUGUCUUGCUAUGCAUCCGUCUGGAUAAUCUGCUAUUUAAGGAUAAUCUGUCAUUUUACAGAAGCAUUCUUUGCGUUUAUUCACGUAUAUCCAGUACAGACAUUUCAUUAAAUAGCUUACUUAUUUAUUGUCUGGAUCAUUUCUUUCUCAAAUGAAAGCACUCUCUCUGUCAACAUUGUUUCCAUACUCACAUUUAAAAUAAUGAAAAAUUUAAUACUACUAUUUAAUUUUGCGCGUGUGGUACAAACCCUAUAUUAAGUCGGCUAUGUAUCGUUUCGAUGAUUGCUCCCUCAACUAAAACCACAGGCCUAGUUCGCUUUCUUUUCAUCUUCAUAAGGGCUCUUCAAAUUGGAUGACCUUACUUUAUUUUUUAUUAAAGCAAGCAUUCCAUUUUGUUAUUUUUUCUUGUCGUACACAGGAUUUACUAUAAUUGAGCCAAGUUAUUGUUAGAUGCUUUAACGAAACAGGCAUUUUGAUAGGUGUGUGUCCAUGGUUUUUUUUUUACUUUAAACAUUCUUUUCAUUGCGCUCUGUUCCAUAUUCAGUACAAAUUUCAUUUCACAGCAGCUUAAUUCUUACCGGAUUUAAUAAAUACUAUCUUCAUCUUGUUCAUGUAGUGGGUUCAUUCCAUUGUUUAAAGCAGUUAAAAACUAUUUGUCUUUCCGAAUUUACAAAAACAUUUUGCAUGAUUGCAUUAAAUAGAAUGUGUAUGCAUUGUUCUGCUCUUGUUUCAUGUAUCUUUAAGUAAACGCUUUUCUUAAGGUCCAGAUCAAAUGAAUUAAGGGCUAGGGUACUUUUGUUACAUGUGCGAAUCAUGUAUGAAAGCUUUGAGUACCAUCUAUGUAAGAGUAAAGACACUGUGGGGACCAUGCCAACUGUCCAUCUAUCUGCCGGGAUUUUUACAAUGUUUUGUGCAUUAUCAUUCCAUUGCUUCUUUUUUGUGUUGUUUUUUUGGGGGGGAGGGGGGUUGUUUGUCUGGUAUAAAAGUUGCUGUUUUUUAAGGGAAAAAGUGAAGUCUCCUAAUGCAGUCAUUUUCGGCAGCAUCAAGUUUUGAGAGAGGCCGUUAUGUUGCUAUAUGAAAAAUUUUUCAUCAGGUUACUGUGUGGUGGUAUUUUAUUGUGUAGUCUAGUUAUAAGGUUAUCAUUCUAAUUAUGUGCUUUCAUAGUGAAAUAGUCUUUAUGAAUGUCUUGUUUUGGCACAUUUUUUCUUUUUCUCACAUGUACCUGUCCUAAACAAGCAAAAUAAAAAAGAGAAAAAUGUAACAAAUGGACAACACACUAAGACGGUGUCAAAAAAAGGGGGAAGAAAAUGUCCAGGCAGAAUGAUGUCAAUAUACAUAUAUAUAAAUAUAUAUAUAUAUAUAUAUCUACUCCAAAUCUGGGAAUAAACUAAAUAUAAUGAAGGGUUAUUUCAUCAUGUUUACCGGUUCAAGUAAAUUAAAGAACAAAACCAAAGAACAUUUUUUUUUCUGAUUCAUAUGCACAUACAGUAGAAGAGUUCAUGAAAUGCUUUUUUGUAAAUGUGAUGUUUGGUUGUUUUGCUUUGGUUUGCUGUGAUAUUUAAAAAUUACAUGAAUAAAAUAGUUUGUAUUUA